UAAUUCUUAAUUCUGAGGUUAAAGGUCAAAGCUACCAAUUUUUCAUAUCCAUUAGGCCACGCAGAUCUAACAUUAAGAUCGGAUAUAAAAUGAAGUAUCUGUAUGUUUCAAGAUUAAAAAAGAUGUUUUGGAAUACAUUUUUACUUCGCCUAGAAUACUAAGUUUCUUUUAGGGAGACAUGCCUAUGGUCCAUGUAUUGCAGUCCUUUUAAUAAAGGCCGCAACUUGUUUUCAUACCUAAGUGCCCAUAAAAUUUCCUGAAACGGCCGAAGUUGAAUGUGAAUUAUAAAGGACUGCUCCGAGAUGCUAUGAAAGUUCCAGCCGAGCCGAAUCUCCUCCAAGAUUACUUUGUUGUAACGAGAAUAUGCUUUCUUUACAACUUAAAGUAUCUCGCAUAAGAUUUAAAAUAUCUCACUACACAUGUACCACUUCUUCAUCUCGUUAGAACGAUUUAGCUUUGAUUGAUAAUAAUUAUCUCGUUAUUACGAUUUAGUACUUUGUUUAAAUGACUUUUAUAUUUUUAUUUUAUUUUAUUUAUUUAUUUAUUCAUUUAUUUAUUUAUCUAUUUAUUUAUUUAUUUUGAUAGCGUGUUGGUCGUCUCUUUUAAUCUUUAUGUAAUUUAAUCAUGUUUUAUACGAAAGUCGACUAGUUUCAAUUUUUCCCCCUCGUAAACACUAGUCUUAGGAUUUGUCUCCUUACCAAGAGAUACGAUUCAUAAUCUAAAAACAAAUCCCUCGAUACUAACCGAUGUUCUUAGAAAGCCGAGGAGAUUCAAGGGUUUUCUCCUCCUAUUUACAUAGUAAUUAUCUCGUUAGUACGAGGCGGAUCUCAUGAUUUAAAAAACAACAACAAACACAUUCCCUGAUACUAAUCCGUUUCCUCCCGUAAAAAUAUGAUGCACUUUAUUAAACAAAUUCAAAGGGUGAGUGAGUGUACCCCCAUUAUCCAUCUAUUAAUGUGAUUUUAGUAUCCAAAAAAUUAGCUGUACAUAUCCAAAAAAAAAAAAUAAAUAAAUGUUUUUUUAAAUCAUGAAACUAUUUUGGGUUUCUGUUUAUACUUUGAAUUAUGAAGGAUGUUCUUAAAAUGUAGUGUCAUUUAUGCUCACGCCUCGCGGACGGUUUCUGGAAAAUCGUCAACUGUUAUAGGGUGCAGCCGUGUUAUCUCUGGACUUGAGGUGGCCUGAUGUUGUUUGUGAUAUUGUACGACAGGGAUGACCCAGGUGUAAUCUGUGCGAACAGACUUGUAACAGCAAAACCAUGUGGAGAGCGAGGACUUUUAUUUUAGUGCUGGGAAUUUACUUAUGGAACGUUCAGUAUAUAUUCGGAUCCUAUGACGUUUCUGUGAAGUUACUGGAGUACAACAGAGACGAGGACUGUGGGUGUGAUUCCGGGUUCUUGUGGGGCGGCUGUCACGAGUGUGACGUGUAUCUUCAGAUCUGUCUGCUGUCUUUAACAUCAAGUUAUGGACAGUCGUGUUUAGGAAAAGAUAAUAAAGAAAGAGUUGAUGACACUCAUCAUUUUAAUUUUGGACGACAGACGCCACAAAUCCGUGAUUCUUAUAGCUGGAAAACCCUCAGCGGUAAACCCCUGUUUAGGAUAUCUGUUCACGCCUUUGACUAUGACAGUGUGGGCGGUGACGAUGAUAUCGGAGUGACGAACUACGACUACACAGCUGGUACAACGACCGUCAACCAAACCAUCACAACGGUGAGAGGACCUAACAACUUACGGUGGGUGUAAACAAAUUUCUAGUUUCCAUCGCCUAACUGUCAAUCACGUAUUGUAUAAAUCGUAGUACCUAGCUUCAUUUCAGAUUUUAGUCUGAGUGUAUAUUUAUUGUUCAGACCAAUAGGUCUAUCAGAGUCAUAUACAUUUACAAUCAUAAUUUACUUACACAAGGAGUGUACAUGUAUAUUGUAAUCACUGACGUCAUUGUGAACAUGUACAUCUGUAUGUAAGUGGGUAUGAUAACACUGACACUCCCCAAAGCUGUGCACAAAAAAUUCUCAAAAUUGCAUAAAUCCUUAACAUUUUAGUUCCUCAAUAAAUCUUAGAGAUCAAAGUAAUGUGUUGAGCCGCAAGAAAACCACGAGAUGCUAACAUUUAUUGAUAAGUUUGAUGUGAACAAAUAAAACAAAAACAAAAAUUAAAAAAAACCCGAAGCAUUUCAGUGAAACUCCUUUUAUUGAAUGAGUUAUGCCGUCGCAAAUUUGGCAAUUUUAUGUAUGUGUACAUUAAUUUAGAUAUUCUAAUAAUGCUUUCUUUUAUUUGAUAUAAGAACGAAAACAACAUAACAACAAAUCCAUUAUAUCUAUGAAAAUGAUAACAGUUGCUGAGUACUAAUUUCAUACUCCAUAUGCUCGAAUUAAUUUACCGGCAUUAAUUUUGAGACUUAAGUGCAGAAAGAUUGACAAUUUAGAAAUUGUUUAAUUUUUUGCUACAGCUUACUUCGUCAGGUACUUCACUGACACUACCUGACUGGCUCAUGGUAAUUUUAACACAUUUCAACGACUUUUUUCAUCAAAUGUUUGCACUGGUCAGGGUUUUGAUACAUGUAAAACACGGAACGGAAAACGAAAUGUAUGGGGAAACAAAGAUGGUUACUUGGUAUACAGAACGAAA